AUGGCAGACGUAGACAUGGAUGUCGAUAUGGACAUCGACCUCGGCUUGGACCCCGAAAUCGCCCAACUCGAGGCUGAGGCCAUGAAGAUUGAAGCCCGCUCGGCGGCAAUCGACUACCAAGCCCCCAAUGCUGCUACCCCUGCCGACAACCUCGACGACCUCGCUCCGGCAAAGGUCCACAUUCGCGGUCUGGACAACCUCACCACCGACAACAUCAGACAGUUCGCUGGCGAGUAUUAUUCGCUAGACAACUUUCAGCGCGUCGAGUGGAUCGACGACACGUCGGCCAACCUCAUCUACGAAUCCUCUGAGGCUGCAACAGAAGCCCUCAGUGCCCUCUCCGACCUACCAGAUGGCUCCGCCGAUCAUCUCGCCCCUCUACAACUACGCAAGGCAAAGGCGCUACCAUCAAAUCCCGACGCCGAACUCUACAUCCGUCAAGCUACCCUGGCCGACAAGAAGGCCCCGCGUGCCCACGAGAAGAGUCGUUUCUACCUGAUGAACCCCGACCACGAUCCGAGAGAACGCAAAGGGGACUAUGACAACAGACGGAGAGGCCCGCGAAGAGACAACAGGCAAAGAGAUGAUGCGCCCAAGCCUUUCGAUGUCAACAUGUACGACGAUGCUGAAGAAGAAUCACCAGCACUCGGCUACGACGACCAAGACGACCGCAGAAACACGCGUCGUAGAGAAGAACGCCCAAGGAGGUCGCGCGGAGGUGAUCUGUUUGCCGGAAAAGACACGGGUAGAUUGCGAGACCGUAGCGCUUCUCCUGUAAGAGAUGGAGACGGAAGGUAUGGCUUCAGUCAGGAUCAGCCCGAACGCAGAACCGCACGUCGCCGAACCGUAUCACCCGUUCCACGCAAAAAGGAUCUCAUGGCUUCUACUCGCGCCAGUAAUGGUCCGAUAGAACUUCUGCCUGCAAAGACCGGCAAGACCUAUGGCCUCGAUACCCCUCUCACCUCGACAAGUCCGCCAAAACGCAACAGAGAACUCUUCCCCAACAAGUCGGGCCGCAGCAACCAUCGCCGCUCAGACGCCCUUGACGCCGGUGAGACCGCUAGCAUCAGACGCAGCCUGGCUGAUCGCAUUACUGGUGGUCCCGAUGCGGCCGGCUUCAGCAUCAAAGGUAGCGCUCAGUCAGACGUACCGGGCUUCUCAAUCCGUGGCGCUUCUCGAGAAGUCAACCCGAAAGUCAAGGAGUUGUUCCCUUCAAAGUUCAGCAGUGGAGGACAGCCCAACGACCUCUUUGCCGACAAGAUGAAAGACCGCAAAACUCAACGCAGACGAGCCGAGGAUAUGAUGUAG